CACGCGCGCGCAAACACCCGCUACCUCCACAAAAAAUGUCCGCCGAAGGCACCACGAUCGACUACUCCAAGGGCACGCUCAAGGAUAUGGGCAAGGCCACGGCCCAGGUCGUCACGAUGGGCGACAAGACGUCGAUGAAGAUCACGCUCAAUCCUGGGUUCGACUGGAAGGCCGAAGUGAGCCCGAAGUUGCCGGGCUGCCCCGAGUGGUGCCCCGCGAACCACUUCGGUUAUCUCGAGAAGGGCACCAUGAAGGUCAACUUCCAGGACGGGACGACGAACACGUUCAACGCGGGCGACUCGUACCUCAUCCCCCCGGGCCACCUGCCCGAGGUGGUGGGCGACAUCCCGUGCGUCAUGGUCGAGUUCUCUCAGUCUACCGCGGCGGUCGUCAACUCGAUGAAGAACUAAUUCAAUGGACCAGGCGACACUCGAUGAAGAAUUAAUUAAAUGGUCCAGGCGACGCGCGCGUCCUCCGCGACGAAUGUGUCGCGCGUCUUCGAUUUUGUUUUAUCACACGUGCACUCC